AUGGAAACUCCUAAUAUGGGUGAGAGUGGUAGGAUUGGGCUCUCUUCUCCUGAUGUUCAAGCUGGAGAUGUUAAUGUAAGCAUUUUUAUAGCUCCCUCUCAUGCUUUACUAACUAGGACAGUUUAUAAUACUAAAGGUGGUAAAGAGUUUAAACCUGGUUGGUCUAUGGAAAAUAAGCCUAUUUUUAGAAUGAAAUUUAAUUGUCUUCAAGAUGGAAUUGAUUUUUACUAUAAGUAUGCAAGUGAAUGUGGAUUCAAAAUCCGUAGUAGUACUAGCAAGGUAGAAAAGAAGUUGACUGGUCCUGAUGCCUUGUUAUCUAAAGAAGAUGUGGAAUCUUUUGUAUGGCUUUUUCAGAAUAUUCUAAAGUGUAUGGGAAAUGAGCCUUCUUGCCUUAUUAUUGACCAAGACCCUGCAAUGGAACUUUGUGCUGUUGUUUGGGACAGGGAAAUUGAACCUAAUGAGUUUGUUGAUGGUUGGAAUACUGUGAUGGAAAAAUAUGAUUUGGUAGCUCAUGAAUGCUGUAAUUCUACUUAUGGUGAUGGAGUUGAGUUUUCUAUUGUUGUAGAUAAUGAACGUCAAAGGAAUUUUGAUGUUACAUUUGAUUUAUCUACACUAGAGUGUACUUAUACUUGCAAGAUGUUUGAGAGUCAGGGUGUUUUGUGCAGACAUAUAUUAUUCAUUAUGAAAGGUAAAUCAAUAUCUGAAAUCCCUGAACAUUAUGUUUUAACUCAUUGGAGAAAAGAUGUUAAGAAGAAAUCUACAUCAGUGGAUGAGGCUAUUAACUUUGACAAAAAGAAGCGACUAAUCUUUGAUGUGUGCUCAAAAAUGUUCUCCUGUGUUAGUCUAGCAGAGGGUUGUGAGGAUGAUAUGUCUGAUUUUGUUAAGUACUUGUCUUCAUUUGAGGAAGAGCUUAUGAAAAAGAAAAAUGGUGUAAGUUUUAAAGAAGGCAAAGAAGCUGAUAUUCAACUCUUUGUUGGAUCUAAUGAUGUUGAUGUAGAUAUCUUGCCUCUGAGUCAAUGCCUCAACAAAGGGUCUGCUAGAAGUUCUAAAUUCUUGAAGAGUGCCAAAGAGGUAGUUGUUGAAGAAAAAAGCAAAAAAGGAAGAACUUGUAGAGCUUGUGGGCAAUCAGGUGUUUCUCAUGACAGUAGAAAUUGUCCAAAGACUUGCUUGUCUGUGUUUGUGCUUGGAAUAUGGUAUGAUGUUAGAAUGAGUGAUGCGGUGGUGUUGAGGUUUCAGUAUAAGGGUGUUGAGGUUGAUGUGUAG